GAAUAUUUCAAUUCAAAUGAAUGCAAUAAACAAAAUGUUUUUACGUGUUUUAUUUUUUAUAUAAAAUUUUCAUGUAACUUAAAAGUACCUUAAUAUUUCUCUUAAUCAAAAAUUAAAUUUCAUAAGAAUAAUUCCAAAUGUAUUUAAAAAAAAAUAAUUAUAUGUAAACCAAGCCAGAUGUCAGACAGCUGACAAUAAAUUUCGGGUUUUUACCAAUAAUUUAUACUGUAUGUACAGUAGUAUGUAGUAGUAGUAAACAAAGAAAUUCAUAUCCUUUGUUAAAAGUUUAAGAACGAUAUAAAACAUAAGAUAAUAUGGACAAUUCAACAGUCAAGAUCUCAAGUAAUUGGUCCCAGAUUGGAGGAUGCCCAUUUUCUCAGGCCGCCAAAAUACAGGCUGCAGAUCCGGACAUUUUUGCAGGACCAUCAUUGGAUGUUUUAGUAGAUGAAGAAAAGUCUAUACUUUUAAACAAAGGUGAUUCUUCAGAAAACUGUGAACUAGAUGUAGAAAUAUUUCCACAUUAUAAGAUUCAGGCUGCUUCUUUUGUAUGUAAUGUUCCCAGGGUUGAAGUUUUCCUAAAUCCCGUAAAAGAAUAUUUGGAAACAAUUUAUGGAGUUGUUGUGGAUGAUUCAGAUGAUCAAUUUAAAAGUUAUCGGUAUGAUGUCCAAGUUGAAAAAUCGGGGGUGACCUAUUUAACACUGAAGUUUUUAACAGAUUUCUGUGAUGUUUGUAUAUUUGGCAUUAUGUUACAUACCGCCCCCAAUCCAAAUGGCAUAACAACCUUAUUACCGAAUACUGCUUGCAUAAACAUUGCGAACGUUCAAAAUAUGUUACAAAAUUCAACAAAGCAACCUGGUCCGACUUCAGAAAGGUGUAAACAGCUAUUAGAACUUAUGACAAAAGCAAAUCAGUCGAAUACGUUGACAUUGGAUCAGUUAAUGAAACAAAAAAUGAACAUUGACCAAAUUAAGACUGAUAAAAAUUCAGAAAAUGAUGAUAUUUUAAAUCAAUUAAAAUUGCACAUUGAUGAUCGUCUUCAACAAAUGGAACAACGCAUAAACAGAUAUUUGGAGCAUAUGGAAGAACGACAGAUGCAGAAGUUGGAUGUCAUACUAAAUACUUUACAGCAUACUAACAAAUAAACUAAUUGAUUUUUAAUAAAACUAA